CCAUCUGAGUCCCAGGCUGCUAUCAGAGCACCACCUGAGGGAACUGGGUACCCAGCACUGAGCACUUCUAUUCUUCGAGCUGAAAAUGACGGGCUCUAGGAAGAAUUUGCUCCUGGCUGCUUUCAUGUCAGUGCUGCUGUUCCACGUCUGCAGCAAGACAGAAGCAGCAAGCGCCUUCGAUUGCUGCCUUCAAUAUACAGAACAAGUCAUUCCUAGCAGACUUAUCAAGGGCUUCGAACAGCAACUGGCCAACGAUGCUUGUGACAUCAAUGCAAUCAUCCUUUACACAAAGAGAGGGUUGGCUGUGUGUGCAGAUCCAAAGAAGAAAUGGGUGAAACAUGUUGUGCACGUCCUCAGCAAAAAAGUCAGGAAGAUGUAAAAACAGAUGCUCUUUGGAAUGAAAUUGGAUACAGCCCA